ACCCACACGCCCAGGCCCCCACUGCGCUGCCUCUCCCCAUCGCCACGAGGCCCCGUCGCUGGGGGAUCCGCUCACCGCCCCCACUGCUAGCGGGCUAGCAGCCUACUGCUCCCGCCUGCACGCCGCUAGGCUCUCCUAGACUCUAGUCGCCACCGCUAUUAUUACCCCUAGCGCUUGAUUACAAAUCGCAAGCGCUUCGUGGUGGCAGCGGCAGCGGCAGCGCCACGGCCACCCCCGAGCACCCGGAUCGGUCGGUCUGGGACCCGGAGGGAGGGAAGCUUCGCCGGGGAUGGAGCCGUCGCGGCGGCUCCUGCUGUCGGACUACGACGGCGCGGUCGAGUCGCCGCUGCCGUCGCCGCCGCACCCCUCGGCCACGCCGUUCCGGCCCGGGGUGGCCGUCGUCGUGGGCAUCCUCACCAGCGUCUUCUCCAUCACGUUCCUGCUCCUGCUCUACGCCAAGCACUGCAAGCGCAGCGCCGCGGAGUCGUCGGGGCCCUACGGCGGCGGCGCCGGCAGCGGCGGGUUCGGGUCGUCGGGCGCCGGCGCGGCGGGCGACCGGAGGAACUCGGGCGUCGACCGCGCCGUCGUGGAGUCGCUGCCCGUGUUCCGCUACGGCGCGCUGCGCGGGCAGAAGGAGGGGCUCGAGUGCGCCGUCUGCCUCGGCCGCUUCGAGCCCUCGGAGGCGCUGCGGCUGCUGCCCAAGUGCCGGCACGGGUUCCACGUCGAGUGCGUCGACACCUGGCUCGACGCGCACUCCACCUGCCCGCUCUGCCGCUCCCGCGUCGACCCGGAGGACGUGCUGCUGCUCCCGGAGCCGCCCAAGCCGUCCACCACGGGGCCGCCCGACCCGCCGGACGCCAAGGCGGCGGCCAAAGAGGCGUCCCCGGGGGCGCCCGCCGCUCCCGCUCCGUCGCCCGCGCCGGGCGGGCGGAGGAUCUCCGGCCGGCACUCCACGGGGUCGGUGCGCGCGCCCGGGCGGGUCGGCCCCAGCUCGCGCCGGUCGGCCGACGGCGGAGUGGCCAUCGGCUGCUUCGACGGCGCCAAGGUGCGCAAGGACCGCGUGCUCCUGGUGGAGCCCGCGGCCGUGGUGGCCGAGCCGGAUCCGGAGGCGUUCGACCGGCGGUUCGGGCACCGCAUCCUGGUGAGCACGGUGGGCGGGUGCGCGGGCGAGACGCCCCCCGCGGCGCAGCAGCGGUGGAGCGACCUGCGGCCGUCGGACCUCAUGUUCGUGCGCUCCGAGUUCCUGGUCACGGACGCCGCCGGUCGCUACUCCUGCUCCGCGACCGUCGCCAGCUCGGGCAGCGCCCGGAGCGCCAUCGGCGUGCGGAGCCUGUCGGAGCUGGCGGGCGUCUGCCGCCUCCCGCCCAUCCGCGCCGGGGCGCGCGAGGGCGAGCCCCGGGCCACCGGCGCGCCGCGGCGGUGGCGGCCCGGGUCGAGCUGGUGGGGGCCCGCCCGCGUCCGGGCGUAACGGCCCUAGCGCCUGCUAGGUCACUGUUCACGCGCGGUCGGGGCCCACGUUACGGCCCGGAGAGAAAAAGCUCCUCCCGUCGACGCUGCCAGACUUGCCCCUGAAGGAUGGGCCGGAAUUGCAGACGCCGCGCGCCCGUUUGGGUCACGUGAUGGGCAGCGCGGUAAUUUAUGGCGCCCCUUCCCUUCUUUCCGGGGCCACGCCGGCCGCGGCUGCCUCGGGUGCCGCGCCGGAGCUUGGGGAGGAGGCGGGGGAUGUUGCUUUCGCGAGCAUCUCGAGGCGGGUGCUGGCCGGUACGUGCGGCGCGGAUUGGGGCGCGGCCCGCGGAGAUCGAGGCUGGGUGGCCGCGGAUCCCCUGCGGCGGCCGGGACGGGGCAAGCACGGUGGUGUGGUGUUGGUGGGUGCUGUUGCCGGUGGCCGGGCGGCGCGCAGGUGAGGUUUUGGCGGCUUGCGUCGGCCGGGUCGGGGGUUAGGGAACCAUACGGGAGCUCAAGGUUGGGCAGGCGGAGCGUAGUUGUACUAGCGCUGCUAAAAAUUCUUUUGUCUGCAAUGAACAAGGCAAAGUGCCGUGGCUUUUUUGGUGUAAAGCGAAGCAAAGCCGCAUGCA